AUUGGUUGUUGUUAGGGUUUUAGUUCUUUUGGAUAAUGACGAAAAGUUCUUACAAGAAACUUAGAAAGGUUAUAUUUUGACAAUACCCUUGAAUAAACGUGUUUGAGAGUUCCCUUGAAUUGUGUGUUUCUUUAGGUAUCAAUCACACAAGUGGGCAGUAUAUGUUCGAGGGGCAACAAAUGAAGAUAUCAGUGUUGUAGUAAAGAAAGUUGUAUUUCAGCUUCAUUCUAGUUUUAAUAACCCGACGAGAGUUAUCGAGGAGCCUCCAUUUGAGGUAUCGGAAUCUGGUUGGGGAGAAUUCGAGAUUGCGAUGACAUUGCAUUUCCACAGCGAUGUCUGCGAUAAGCCAUUGAGUUUAUAUCAUCAUUUAAAGUUAUACCCGGAAGAUGAAUCAGGUCCUUUGACAAUGAAGAAGCCUGUGGUUGUGGAAUCUUACGACGAGAUUGUGUUUCCUGAUCCUUCAGAAAGUUUUCUAUCUAGGGUUCAGAAUCAUCCGGCUUUGACAUUUCCAAGAUUACCCUCUGGUUACAACUUGCCUGCUCCUAUGCAAGUGGAGGAUACCGGCAAAAAGAAGAGAGGAGAUACGAAAGAUCAUAGUUUGGGACAAUGGUUCAUGAGUUUCUCUGAAGCAGAUGAGUUAUUACAGCUUGCGGCUGCUCGUCAACAGGUUCAAGCUCAUAUUGCGAAACUGAGGCGACAAAUAAGUUUGUCAGACUGUGAAUCUGAUUCUGUAGCCAUCUUCCAUUGA